AUGCCUUCCUACAUCCUCACAGAGCCCGCCCCGAGCACAACCUCCUACAUUCGCUCGGGCCGCGGCGGCGCUGGCAACACCUUUCGCGCAUCCCCCCAGACCACCAGCACCACCAUCACCACCUCACGAGCACCCGCCUCGUCCUCCCCACGUCGCUUCUUCUCCGGCGUAGGCGGUGCAGGCAACGUCCACAAGGCAUCUGAGCGCCCCAGCGCCUCGGCCAUCCUCGACGACGAGCUCCGCCGCCGCACCGCGCGCGAGGAGAACUCCAUGGGCCACUGCGGCAUCGGCGGCGCUGGCAACGUCUACAGGCGAAAGGGCAGCGACGCCUCGAGCCAGGUCUCCGACACCAGCUCCGUGAGCAGCACUGGCAGCAGGUCCAAGCUUUGGGCCAAGAUGACUGGCAAGCAAUAA